CGGUGGCUGGGUGAGCCGCCGGCUGAGCUGUGCCCGUUGCUGGGAUGCUGCGCUUGGUACGUAGCGCGUUACCUCGGCUGAGUACCGAGCGGGCCCGGCUGAGCAGCGGCUGGGUGCCCCGCGCUCCAGAUGUCAAUAGCUUUGCUGCUCGGACCAACACGUGUGGAGAGCUGCGUGCUGCUCAUAUAGGACAGGAGGUCACCUUGUGUGGAUGGAUUCAGUACCAAAGACAAGGCCUGUUCCUGGUUUUGAGGGAUUUCCAGGGACUCACCCAGAUCAUCAUUCCACAGGAUGAAGCACAUUCUCAUGUGAGGAAGCUCCUGUCCAAUGCCCCAGUGGAAUCUGUUGUGCGAGUGACUGGCAUCGUGUCUUCUCGGCCCCCAGGGCAGGAGAAUCUGAAAAUGCCAACAGGGGACAUUGAAGUCAAGGUGGAGACUGCAGAGGUUCUCAACUUUUGCAAGAAGCUGCCCUUUGAAAUCAAAGAUUUCAUCAAGAAAUCAGAGGCCUUGCGCAUGCAGUAUCGCUACCUGGACCUGCGCAGCUCCCAGUUACAGUACAACCUGAGGCUGAGAUCCCAGGUGGUGAUGAGGAUGCGAGAGUACCUGUGUAAUCACCAUGGGUUUGUGGAUGUAGAAACACCAACGCUCUUUAAGAGAACCCCAGGGGGGGCAAAGGAAUUCCUUGUGCCCUCCAGGGAAGCAGGCAAGUUCUACUCCCUGCCUCAGAGUCCUCAGCAGUUCAAGCAGCUCCUGAUGAUUGGAGGCCUGGACAGGUACUUCCAGGUUGCUCGCUGCUACCGUGAUGAAGGCUCACGGCCUGACAGGCAGCCAGAAUUCACUCAGAUAGAUAUAGAAAUGUCAUUUGUAGAUCAAGCUGGGAUCCAGAGGUUGAUAGAGGGCCUCCUGCAAUAUUCCUGGCCUGAGGAAAGAGGCCCCAUUACAACUCCUUUCCCUUCCAUGACUUAUGAGGAGGCACUGGCUGACUAUGGGACUGAUAAACCAGACACUCGCUUUGGGAUGAAGAUAGUGGAUAUCAGUGAUACUUUCCGAAGAUUGGACAUUGGGUUUGUGCAGAAUGUGCUCAGUUACCCUCACAGCACUGCCAAGGCUAUUUGUAUCCCUCAGGGAGUGAGAUAUCUUAAAAAUAAAGAUUUGGAAUCCUUAAAGGAGGCUGCAAAAUCCCAGUUCAACCAGGAAAUCAUGGAUGUUGUCUGCAGGCCCAAUGGGAGCUUGAAGUCUUUGCUCACCAAGUUUCUUAGUCAAGAGCAACAGUCAGAGCUCAUCCAAGCACUGAACAUGCAGGUGGAUGAUGUGGUGCUGCUGGCAGCUGGAGACCACAAGCGAGUGUGCUCUGCAUUAGGAAGCCUACGGCUGCAGAGUGCUGACCUCCUGGAGGCAGCUGGAAUGAUACUGCGGGAUCCUGCAGCUCUUCACUUCCUCUGGGUGGUGGAUUUCCCACUUUUCCUCCCCAAGGAAGAGAAUCCCUCUGAACUGGAGUCUGCUCAUCACCCCUUCACUGCCCCUCAUCCUUCAGAUACCAACCUCCUCUAUUCUGACCCCACAAAGGUUCGUAGCCAGCAUUAUGACCUUGUGCUGAAUGGCAGUGAAAUUGGAGGUGGCUCCAUCAGAAUUCAUAAUGCGCAACAGCAGCGUUUUGUGCUGGAGAAAGUGCUGAAGGAGGACUCAGAGGUGCUUUCCCAUCUGCUUGAGGCUCUGGAAUUUGGAGCUCCCCCUCAUGGAGGAAUUGCUUUAGGACUUGACAGGCUCAUCUCCCUCAUCGUUGGCUCUCCGAGUAUCCGAGAUGUCAUUGCUUUUCCUAAGUCAUUCAGGGGACGGGACCUGAUGGGCAGUGCUCCAGACUAUGUCACUCCAGAACAAUUAGAGCCGUAUCACAUCCACGUUUCGUGGCCUGCUGCAGAAACAGAAGCGAAGAAAAACUGACUUGCAGCAAGUGAUGUGAAUUGAACUGUUAAAGCAGAGAUGCUUCCAACUUAUAAAUACUAAAAUUCAGUUUGAAAAAACAUCAACUUAUGGGAGGACCAGAGGAGUAUAACCCCACUGCGCACUGCGGUUUCAGAACAGAAUGGGGAACAGAUGUGAUAGCUCCCCUGAUAGGAAUUUAUCUUUGGGUUGUCAAUGGGAGGGAGAAAUAGGAAAGUGAAAAGAAAAAUGCCCAUCGUUUUAGCUUAGGAUAGUGAGACUGUUGCCUUUGGGGUGUUGUAUCUGAAGGUACGGUUAUUUAUUCAUUUCCCACUUUCCAGUUUGCACACACAAACUCCUCCCUGAAAUCUAAAGGAGGCAGCGUACCAGCUUCUCUGGAAAAUGAUCCAGUGGUCCUGAUAAUCACUGAAUCUCUAGCUGAGAACUGUUACAGCAGAGUAAUGCCAUGCUGGGUAAAGAGCCUGACAAAGCUUCAGUGCAUCCAACAGCUUGUGUCGUGCUGGAGGAUACCUGAUCAUACAGAAUUUACCAUGGGGAGUUGCACUCGAGUGUUCCCUGUUAAAAGCAGGCAGAGGAGGAGGCGUGGUAUUUGCAGCAGUUGUCCUUGUGAUGUUCAUCAAACAGGAGAUGAUGUGUCUUUGGGGCCUGUGGUCCUGCCACUUUCAGAGCACCGGUUCUGAAGUUUGUAUCCUUUGUAAAUAAAGUUUGUCUAGCA